AUGGAACCAAAGUUGAAAAAUCUAGGCAGCUCUUUAAAGGUGCCUAAUGUGCAGGAAUUGGCUAAGGAGAAAUUGAUCACUGUUCCAUCAAGAUACCUGCGUCCUAAUCAAGACCAUCUCAUUUCUCCCUUACCCGGAAAUCAAAUUCCGGUCAUUGAUAUGCAAAUCUUGACGGAGAAUGAUUCAGAGAAUGAAAAACUGCACACCGCAUGCCAAGAAUGGGGUUUCUUCCAGUUGAUCAACCAUGGAGUGAGCUCUUCAAAGGUGGAGAAAAUGAAGUUAGAACUUCAAGAAUUCUUUAAUCUCCCAAUGGAGGAAAAGGAGAAGUAUAGUCAAGAGCCAGGGGACGUGCAAGGUUAUGGACAAGCCUUUGUUGUAUCAGAAGAGCAAAAGCUUGAUUGGGCAGACAUGUUUUUUGUAAUCACCUCACCAAUCGAAUUAAGAAAGCCUCACUUAAUACCCAAGCUGCCUGCUAAAUUCAGGGAAUCCAUUGACGAAUAUACAGCAGAAUUGAGAAACCUUGCCCUCAAAAUCAUAAACUUAAUGGCUCAAGCUUUACACAUGAAAGCUGAGGAAAUGAAUAAGGUUUUUGAAGAAGGGAUGCAAGCAAUGAGGAUGAAUUAUUAUCCUCCCUGUCCACAACCAGAGCUCGUUACUGGCCUCUGCCCUCACUCAGAUGCGGCUGGACUCACCAUCCUCCUCCAAGCCAAUGAAAUUGAAGGUCUCCAGAUUAAGAAAGAUGGGGCUUGGAUUCCUGUUGUACCACUCCCUAAUGCUUUUAUUAUCAACAUUGGGGGCAUCUUGGAGAUUGUAACUAAUGGGAUUUACCGGAGCAUUGAGCAUCGAGCAACAGUCAACUCGAAGAAAGAAAGGCUCUCCAUUGCCACAUUUUUCUAUCCAAAUGUGGAUGGUGAUUUAGGUCCAGCACCAAGCCUUGUGACUCCAGAAACUCCAGCAAAAUUCAAAAAAAUCAGCUUCCCUGAUUACAUGAAGGGAUUUUUAUUGCGUGAACUUGAUGGGAAAUCAUACGUUGACGCCAUGAGAAUUUAG